AUGUGUGACUUCGGGCAGAUGCGAGCCAGCCUGCAAGACUCGACGCCUGGCUCUCUGAGUCUCCAGACAAGACUUUUCCCACCACGGGACAGCGCUGCGCCCAUCCCAGCAGCGACGUGCAGAAGCGAACGCGCCGCGCCCGCCGCUGUCACCGCCGGGGGCGGGGGGGGGGGGCCGCCUGCCCGCCCGACCUCGCCCCGCCGCGGCCGUCGGCGGGCGGUGUCGGAGCCGCUAUUGGCUGGAGCGGUGCGGGGGCGGGGCCGGCGGGCGGGCGCGCGGCGUCGCUAUUGGCUGGAGCAGCGCGGGGGGCGGGGCGAGGGCCCGCGGCGCGCGGCGUGGGCCGGGCCGGGGCAGAGCGAGAAGUUGGCGGCGGCGGCGGCGGCGACGGGAGCGCAGCGGCUAACCUGCUCCUCGGACAUCACUGUGCGGCCGCCUCGCUUCCCCGGAUCCGCGCCUCGAAGCCUCGACGCCCUCCUGCCCCCUCGGCCAGCCAGCGGGGCUCGGUGUGUCCGGCGGGAGCGGAGAUGGAGGGAACGUGUCGGCAUGUGGGUGCGAAUAGUUGGUGGUAAAGUUGUUCAGGAGCCCUGCAUUUGGGACUGUGCUGGCUGAUGACUUAACCCGGGGAGAUGCCGCUGGCAGAAGCAGCUCUGCAGAUCUCCUGGCAAGACCUGUCCCACUUCCCAUGAGCAGCAUUAUGUAAGUGGAGGGAACAUCCAGCUCAGUUCCUGUUUUUAAUAUUCGUCUGGCAUGAUUCAAAACUAACCUGCUGUGCUGUCACCCGAAGUCUUCAAUAAAUCUGCAAAACCAG